UUAACCCUUCCCUCUCCAUCCUCUGCAGUUCCUACUCCAUCUUAAAUACGGUGUCAUCCAGCUCUCUCACGUUUGGUGAUGGAGUGUUAGAGCGGCGACAGUAUGAGGACCAAGGACUUGGAGAGACAACGCCUCUCACCAUCAUCUGUCAGCCCAUGCAGCCCCUGAGAGUCAACAGCCAGCCUGGGCCCCAGAAGCGAUGCCUCUUUGUGUGUCGGCAUGGGGAGAGGAUGGAUGUUGUAUUCGGGAAGUACUGGCUAUCCCAGUGCUUUGAUGCCAAAGGUGAGUUACUGUAGUCUCUCCAUUUAUCC